CCAUAAAGACUGUGUCACAUGAGGCUUUCUUUUUAUAUUCAAAACAUUGAAACGCAUCAAAAUCACUUCGAUAUAAAUUGUAUAUUAUAUAGUUCCUUGCACUAUGUCGGAUCUGAGUAAAAUAUUUAAAGGCUGGCCGCCAGAACAGGAUCCAGUGGUAUCGAAUCUCGAGCUGGAGGCUGCGAAGACUGAGGAGUUCGAGGUCAGUCCCAUGGUCUUGGGCCUGAUGCUGUCCUUUUUGCUGUUCGUGAUCGCCUUUUGGAUCUGGCUGAUCUCCCGAAGCUGCCUGGUGGCACAGCCCGUGAAGCCAACCAGGGAGCGAAAGCCACGACAGGAAGCAGGUCAAUCUGCUGGGAUGGGAAAAUCUUUGGGUCGCAUCCUAAACAAAAAGGGGCAGAGUGGCACGUCCUCUUCCAGCAAACAGAUAUCCAGCAGCCAGCUAACAUUGCCGCAGUUCAAAUCCCCGCGACUGUCGAAAAGCUAUUACAUGGGCUUGGACCGGAUGGAGAACUACAAACUUCGCUUUGUGUCGGAGCGCACCUCCAGCGACUCGAAAACGAUCACCCAAAGCACAUUUAAUACGGGAACGGCAACAGGAUCAUCAUCAUUAUCGGAAACAAGCGGUGGAUUGUCUAAAGAAUCCUCCACGGGAAACACAACGUCUAAAACGGGAACGGGAACGGAAACAGGAUCAUCAUCGUUGCCAGAAUCAAGCACUAGACUCUCUAAGGAAUCCGCCACGGGAAACAAUAAUUACACAACCGGAAUGUCGAGCUGUUUGGUCACCAAUCGGAGCCGGACAGCAGGCUUGCCCAUGAAGAAAUACAGAAUCCGGUGGGCCAACAUGGCCAAUCAGAAGGACGGACAACCUAUAACGGACACUACCAGCAGCUAGAGGGGCCGAGCCAGAGCUUUCACCCUACACUUUCGUUCUGUCAAACAAAGCAAACUUGAUCCUAUAAAAUAAACAAUUAUUGUUGAGAAUAUAA